AUGCCUACCUCCAAGCCGUCCAGUAUCAUGCAUGUGGAGGAUGCCUCCCCCGAGAAAAGCCUGGAGGCUGCCCCAAGUCUCGAGCAGACGUAUAUAGAAAGUGGAUUGAGUCGCGACGACGCGUGUUUCCUCGCCAACUUUCCAGAGGACAAGAGGAACAAGUGCGUUCGAAAGAUCGAUUGGCGUCUCUGCCCCAUGUUAGCCUUUCUCUACCUUGUUUGUUAUAUCGACAAGGCAAGCAUUGGAAAUGCCAAGAUCGAAGGCAUGCUCCCGGAUUUGAAUAUGUCGGGCACUCAAUAUAACAUUGCUCUGGGGAUUUUCUUUGUCCCAUAUGUACUACUCGAGGUUCCUAGCAACAUUCUUCUGGCCAAAUUCAAAAAGCCAUCGGUUUAUUUGUCGAUUUUGAUGCUUCUGUGGGGAAUCGUCGUGACCCUAACAGGGAUUGUCAAGAACUUUUCCGGACUUUGUGCGGUUCGCGUGCUCCUUGGUGUUUUCGAAUCCGGGUUCUUCCCAGGCGCCGUGUGGGUUAUCACCCAAUGGUAUCAGCCACAUGAAGUCCAAAGCAGAAUAGCAAUUUUCUACACUGCGAGUGCACUAGCCGGUGCAUUCUCCGGGCUGUUAGCGUUUGGUCUAGCUAAAAUGCGCGGCAUCGGUGGCUACAAUGGCUGGAGAUGGAUCUUCAUCAUUGAAGGAGCUGUAACUGUGCUCUUCGCAGCCUUCUCCUACUUCGGCCUAGCGGACACCCCUGAACUCUCUGGUGGAUGGCUUGACCCUGAAGAGAUCCGGUUUCUGGCGCUGCGCAAAAAGGCCACGCGAGGGCUGAUUGUGGUGGACGAAAAUCCCAACAAAUUUGACCGGAAAGAGCUGUUCAAAGUCCUUACCGACUGGCAUCUCUACCUACAGGUCCUUAACUUCUGGUCCAACACCGUACCAAACUAUGGCCUGAAAUUCUCUAUGCCCCAGAUUAUAAAGAACAUGGGAUAUACCUCUGCGAACGCGCAGCUGCUCUCAAUGCCCCCCUACUUCGCCGGCGCGAUAUCUGCGUACAUCUUCAGUGUCAUUGCGGACAAACUGCGAUGGCGCAUGCCGAUCAUCAUAACUGGCCAGCUUUGCGUGAUCAUUGGGUUCUGCAUCCUAUACUCUCUCGCCGAUGAUAUUCAGAAUAACAUCCCGGUGUGUUAUUUCGCAGUCGUCCUUGCCUGUAUCGGCCUGUAUCCGAUUAUCCCGGGGACUAACGCGUGGACAUCCAACAAUCUCGCGGGCGCGCGGAAGCAGGCCAUGGGCAUUGCAUUUAUGAUUAGCGUUGGCAAUUCCGGUGGGAUUGUGGGAUCGUUUAUCUACCUUGAGCAUGAGGCACCCAAGUAUCCUACUGGAUUUGGGAGUUCGUUUGCCUUUGCGGUGGCGGGCGUCAUUGCGAGUGUUGUUUUGGAAUUGAGGUUCUGGUAUAUAAACAAGCGGAAUGCGAAGAUGAGUAAGGAGGAGAUUCAUGAGAAAUAUACGGCGGAGGAGUUGCAGCUCAUGGGGGAUCGGUCGCCGCUGUUUCGAUAUGUACUUUAA